AUGAUGGCCAGCAAGCUCAUCCCGGUGCGGGUACUGGCCAGCGGCGCGGUUGGCACUGGCGGCCUGGGCGCUGCCCAAGAUGCCGAGGGUACCGACGAGGGAAAGGUAGUGACUAGAGAACUGUUCGCCGGCCACAGAGGCGUGCCAGAGGGCCCGGACGCGCGUGGCACGGUCUUGAAGCUGCAGUCUGCGGGGGGUGAGACGGUGGUCAGGUUUGCAGGGUUGUUCAAAAGCAGGAGGGAAGGCUGGCCAGGAGAAGAGGCGGACAGGACCCCUGCGAAGCAUGGUCAGAAGGAUUGA